AGAUCCAUGGCAAGAUGGCAGUAAACUAAUGAAGUGAAUAGAUAGCGUAUAGAAUCUUCAUCAAUGACGCGUUUUUGAACUCCCAAGACGUGCUCACUGACACGUUGAUGCAGUGCUAUGAAAAGGCAGAAGUCUGGAAGUCUCUGAAGCACCAGCUAGAGGCUAACUACUCAGAUUUGGAUACGUUCCAUGUCCAACUGAAGGAUGAGAUUAUCACUGACUCCGUCAUUGCCAAGUUCAACUCCAACGUCGUGGAACGAGAUGCCAUUGACAUCCUGGAUAGUAUAAUUGUCGAAGUGAAGUAUUACACUUCGAAUCUUGCACCGAAAGAACUCAUGAGGGAGCUGAACUACUGCCAUUAUUCGAUGUUGCUCUGCCAUUGGGAGCAUCAGAUCCCCUUCGUAUUCAAUAUUAAAGCACGUGAAAUGUUCAAGAACAACAUGGACAACAUGGGGAAUAUCAGCUUCAGCUUAACCAAUUCGUCGCAACUGAUGAUGAAGCUGAUGAGAACCAUCGAUUUCCAGCCGAUCAGCGUGACUGAUGAGUUGGAACAGCUCUCCAAAUCUUCAAAGUACAGGAAGAAGAAGAAGAGACAGCAGGGUUAUCCAAUCCAGUUCUUCAGCUUCAGCGAGUCUGAUACCCAAGGCUGGAACCUCUAAGCAGAUUUAUACUUAUAUUUCAGUGUAUUCAACCCUUCAAUGCUACCAUUCAACUGCAAAAUCCAAUACUGUGCCAAUGUAGAGCUUAUGCUGGACACCAGGGGAACGCUGUAUAACAACGACUUGAGAACACUCAAGUCCAAUUGUCUCCAUAGAACAACAACGGCGAUGAUGUUCAUGAAGGUGUCAAAGACCAGAUGCUUCGUCAGCUGCUUCAGUACGAAACCGCCCUCGGUGGGGAAGAAUGA